CUGUCCAAUCGGAGAGUGGAGGGGGCGUGGUUUUUGCAGGUCUCAUGGCGGCCCCCAGGUCCGGGUGACAGUCUCUGUGUCAGACCGCUGUGUGGAGGUGAAUCCCGGGGUCAGCGCGGCAGCCUCUCUGGACUGAAACCCAGGAACCAUGGGGACGGUGCACGCCCGGAGUCUGGAUCCCCUCCCUAUGGAUGGGCCGGACUUCGGCUCCGCAGAUGACGUUGCAGAUCUGGUAGAAGUAGAACCCCAGAAAAAGCAGGAAAUCUUGGAAAACAAAGAUGUUGUGGUUCAGCGUGUGCACUUUGAAGGCCUGGGAAGGACAAAGGACGACCUCGUUAUGUAUGAGAUUAGUGAUGUCUUUAAGGCUAGGAAUCUUAUCGAUGUGAUGACAAAGUCACAUAAGGCCAGAGAGAAGAUGCUCCGCAUGGGGAUAUUUAGAGAGGUGGAAGUUCUAAUAGAUACUUGCGAAGGUGAUGAUGCUCUUCCCAAUGGGUUGGAUGUCACGUUUCAAGUCACCGAGUUGAGGAGGUUAACCGGAAGUUAUAAUACAAUGGUUGGGAACAAUGAAGGCAGUAUGGUUCUCGGACUCAAACUUCCCAAUCUCUUUGGUCGUGCUGAAAAAAUGACUUUCCAAUUCUCAUACGGAACCAAGGAGACGUCCUACGGCUUGUCGUUCUUUAAGCCUCAAGUUGGGAACUUUGAAAGGAAUUUCUGCGUUAACUUGUAUAAAGUAACUGGGCAGUUCCCGUGGAGUUCACUGCGCGAGACAGACCGGGGUAUAUCUACGGAAUUCAAUUUCCCGCUAUGGAAGACCAACCAUACUCUGAAGUGGGAGGGCGUCUGGAGAGAACUUGGUUGCUUAGCACGGACGGCGUCAUUCGCCAUACGGGAGGAAAGCGGACAUUCGCUCAAGUCUUCUCUAUCGCACACAAUGGUGGUCGAUUCACGCAAUUCUACUAUACUGCCAAAAAGAGGAGCCUUACUGAAGAUCAACCAGGAGUUGGCGGGAUACACCGGAGGAGACGUCAGCUUCCUAAAGGAGGACUUUGAGCUGCAGCUGAACAAACGGCUGGCGUGGGACUCGGUGCUGUCCACAUCUCUCUGGGGAGGAAUGGUAGUUCCCAUCGGAGACCAACCAUCCAGUAUUGCAGAUCGCUUCUAUUUGGGAGGACCGACGAGCGUACGGGGAUUUAGCAUGUACAGCAUUGGACCCCAGAGUGAAGGCGACUACCUGGGUGGUGAAGCAUAUUGGGCUGGGGGUGUACAUCUCUACACCCCACUUCCUUUCCGUCCUGGCCGAGGCGGAUUUGGGGAUCUCUUCAGAACACAUUUCUUCCUGAAUGCCGGAAAUCUCUGCAACCUGAACUAUGGUGAAGGUCCGAGAGCUCACAUUCGCAGGCUGGCUGAAUGUAUCCGUUGGUCGUACGGUGCGGGGCUUGUGCUGCGGCUUGGAAACAUUGCAAGGCUGGAAUUGAAUUACUGCAUCCCCAUGGGUGUCCAGAGCGGAGACAGGAUAUGUGACGGAGUACAGUUUGGGGCUGGGAUUCGGUUCCUGUAACCCGGCCCAUUACGAGACAUGCACUUCAUCCAAACCUCUCGGCGCUAUUUACACAGACAGUUGGUUUUCUUACUCUAUUAUCCAGCUCUAUUUAUGUACUAUAUUUUAUGCCCCUGAGCUAUUAAAAAUGAAACAUCGAAUGUGGA